AUGAUUGGAAUAUGUAUUCGAGCGACUUUGCGCUCUCCUUCAUCUAGGCCGCUGCAUGUCCUUGCCAAACCAAGUUCUACGUAUUGUCGCCAGUUCAGUAGCUCGCAAUGGCGCAAAGAAGAUCCGCGCAUACCCGGUGCUGGUCGCGAAAUCGUAGAUGAGUUUGCUGUGCUGCGCGAAAAAUAUGGUACUUCCAAAAACACUAUAGUCCUUGCUCAUGGCCUGCUGGGGUUUGAUGAAUUGCGCCUAGCAGGACAAUUCAUACCAGGUAUUCAGUACUGGCGAGGCAUCACAGAUGCAUUGGCAAAAAAAGGCAUUGAAGUCAUUGUCGCCGCUGUUCCACCAAGUGGAAGUAUAGAGAACAGAUCAGCAAAACUGGCAGAGAGCAUCGCACUCAAAGCCAAGGGCAAGCAAGUCAAUAUCAUUGCAGGACUUGAUUCACGAUAUAUGAUUAGCCGUCUUCGACCCACGGAUUUCAAGAUCCUCUCUCUGACCACUAUAGCAACACCUCACAGAGGCUCGGCAUUUGCAGACUACAUGUUUGAGACCAUCGGUCCUCGCCAGAUUAAACGUAUCUACAAGGCCAUGGAGUACUUUGGACUUGAGACUGGAGCGUUCUCGCAGCUUACACGGGAAUAUAUGACGACGAGCUUCAACCCUAGGACUCCUGACGUACCUGACAUCAAGUAUUAUUCGUAUGGCGCAUCCUUGGAGCCCAGCCGGUGGUCCAUAUUUGCACCGUCACAUGCAAUUAUCAAGCCUAUCGAGGGUGUAAAUGACGGGUUGGUUAGUGUAGAAUCAAGCAGAUGGGGUGAUUACAAAGGCACGCUGAUUGGUGUGAGCCAUCUCGACUUGAUCAACUGGACGAACCGUUUGAAGUGGUUCUUUUGGGAGCUUACCGGCAGCAAGCGCAACUUCAACGCUAUUGCAUUCUAUCUUGACAUCUGCGAUAUGCUAGCAAAGGAAGACUUGUAA